AGCUACCUGGGUGAACACGCACGACCCUACAAGGAAAGCAUCUAUGAGGAAAUGGUGGCCGGCCAGGAAGCGCGGAGACAGGCGAGCGUGGAGGCCGAGAAGGAGAUUAUGAGGCAGAAGGAGAAGAAGGAGGAGGAGCAACGGACUGUCAUGAGGGAGGAGGUUGCCAGGGUUAAGGAAGAGCUUAAGCAAGAGGAAAGGAAGAGGAAAGAGCAGAGGUAUUGGCCGUUCAACUCUGAGGCCGGAGGAGAGAAGGGGCACGCUGGAGAGUUAGCUGAUUCUCCCAAUCAUGGCAAGCUGAAACAUCGAUCCAUAUCCGAGUGCAGUUCCGAAAGUGGGUCAGGAGAGAACCAAGGGAGUAACGUGAUGCGUUUUCCCCUCGGUGGAAAGCAGGAGUGCCUUGUCAUUGUGGGGAAGUGCAUUUGGGAACGGAAGAAUCAGGGAUGCUAUUUAUAUGAAGCUCGUGAUAAAGUAACCUCAGAGAGAAGUGUUAUUUACGAAUGGUGGAUCAACUCAAAGCGAACAGGACGGAAAGGAAAUUACGUGAAGAUUGGCCAGGAAAACCAGGUUGAGGAACUAGUUAGUAAAUUUUCAGCUCAGGAAAAGGAGAUGAGCUCCCUGCUACGGCUUUCACAUGACAACCUCGUUGGGUACUUAGGAAUGAAGAUUAACUGCAGGCAGAUUGAGGGUGUUGAUGUUUACAUCCUCCAGGAAUAUGUCCAGGGGAUGUCCAUGAAGUACUAUAUUCACCACCAGAUCCCCCUGAAUGAGGCUUCCUUGCGCCACAUCACGGAAGGAACCCUCAAAGCCCUGAACUACCUCCACCAGAACAAUGUCGUCCACAGAGAUCUGAGAGACUCAAGCAUAUACCUUGACAAUCAGUCCCAUUUGGUACGAGUGGCUGAUUAUGGUGUUGAGAGGAGAAUUGUGGAAGCAGUCCUAGAGUUCAAGAACAUCGAAGUACCCCCCUUGUACCCUCAGUCACCUGGCCGAGGGGGGAAGAAGGGAGACAUCUACCGCUUGGGGCUUGUGAUCCUAUCUAUCCAUCAAGGCCGGCGGGUGCAAGAGAUUGUGCCAACGUUACCCGCAAGUCUGAGCGCUGACUUCAGGAAUUUCAUGCAGAAGUGUUUGGCCCUGAAUGAGCAAGAACGGUGGACAGCCGAGAAGCUGCUUAGUCACCCCUUUAUUCAGGUUCAAGAGAAAGAGGGAGAUGAUAGUGACAAUAAAAGAGCAACAUCAGGAAUAUACUUAGAAAGAGGAAUGGAAGAAGAAGAAGAAAGCUCAAGAGAGGGCCUGGAACUGUCCUCGGAACCCUCCCUCCUCCCACAGAACCUCAAGACAGGGAGUCUCGGCUUGCGAAUUGAGAAAGAGUAUAAGAUCCUCGAGUUCUUAGGGAAAGGGGGCUUCGGACAUGUGUUCAAGGUCCGAAAUACAGUUGAUGACCGCGAGUAUGCCGUGAAAAGGAUCCCCCUCCAUGAACAGAGCGACUCGGUGCGCAAGAAGAUCAUCAGAGAAGUUAAGCUCCUCUCAUCGCUCAACCAUGAAAAUGUUGUACGGUACUACACUUCCUGGAUUGAGGAUCUUGUGCAGGAGAGUGAAGAGGACCAGAAGGUGCUGGACGAGAGCAGCUCCUCCUCAGAGUCUGAGGAGAGUUCAGUCAACGUCACUAUCUCUCAGGUUACUUCUGCCUCUGACACGCCGGAGGACUCGAGCUCCUUUGCAAAAUGCCUCGAACAGAAAGCUCAAGUGGAGGAGUCAGAGUGGAGUGUCAUAUUUUAUGAUGGCGUAGAUCAUGCCAGCUAUUCUCGAGCCAAUGAUACAGAGGAGAGCGAUGAUGACGAUGAUGAUGACUGGCUGAUGGGCAGCUUAGGACCAAUGUUGCAAGAUUCUGAUGAUGACAUGUAUGAUGAUGACAAGAUGAAAGAUGAAGACUUCUCGGACUCGCAGGAUUCUGUGAUAGAGACUGAUUAUGUUGACGAGACAGAUGCUGUUCCAUCCUCCAGGCAGUUCAAGAAACAGUACCUGUUUAUCCAGAUGCAACUUUGUGAGAAGAACACACUCAGGCAAGCCAUCAAUGAACACCUUUGUAUGGAUAGCGACCGCAAAUGGAGGCUGUUUCGUGAGUUGGUCAAUGGACUUGACUACAUCCACUCCCAGGGUUUAAUCCACCGUGACCUAAAGCCUGGCAACAUUUUCCUUGACAUGGACGAUCAUGUCAAAAUUGGAGACUUUGGUCUGGCGACGGCAGCGAUCAAAGCUAAGACUACUGCUGGAGUUAUCCCCAAGAUGGAUGUAGAUGACACAAAGGACAGUGCCUUGACCAGCCAGAUAGGCACCACCUUUUACGUUGCACCGGAAGUCAACAAGUCCAAAGGCAAAGUGAGCUAUACCAACAAGGUUGAUAUCUACAGCUUGGGGGUCAUAUUCUUUGAGAUGGCACACCCCCCUCUGACCACAGGCAUGGAGAGAGCCAAGGUCCUCUUCAACCUGAGAAAGCCGGAGAUUGACAUACCAGAAGAGUUUAUUGUGAAGAAGAAUGCUAAUUCUGUUGAGCUGAUCAAGUGGCUUCUGCAGCAUGAUCCCCAGCAGAGGCCGAGUACUGGUGACAUCUUGAAAUCACACCUGCUACCCCCUCCAACAGCGGAAGAACAGAAGUUCAUCCAAACAUUAGAAGACAAACUGAAGAAUGUGAGGUCAUCAGACUAUCAGGAAAUCCUCAACCUUGUGUUCAAACCGUGUGCGCGGCCAGAGUUAGAAGCAACCUUUGAAGUCAGACAUCCUGUCACCUCUGACUACUGGCAGUAUUGGAAGCAUGAUUAUCUGCAUUCACUAGUUACAGCAGUAUUCAAAGCACAUGGGGGCAUCUGGGUACCAACAACAUUCUAUGUACCCAAGGGGUCCUUUUACAAUGACAAGGACAAUCUUGUCUCACUCAUGUCUGGGAGGGGGGAGCUGGUCUCUGCUCAGUAUGAGCUCAGAUACCCAUUUGCUCGCUUUCUUGCACGAAAUGAGGUCAAGUACAUUCGAAGAUAUUGCAUUGACAGAGUCCAGCGUGCUUUUAAAGUCUCAGGCAUCCACCCAAAGGAGUCGUAUGAAUGUGCAUUUGACAUAGCCUGCCCUAAAAAGGAUUCAGUUGAAUCUUCAGCAAGAGUCAUUCUUGUAGCUCAUGACAUCAUACAGCAGAUAAUCCAGUCAAGAAGUGAAAAUGUCUUGGUGCGUGUGGGACAUCUGGAGCUAGUACAUGCUAUCCUCUUUCACUGUUAUGUUGAAGAGAAGUUCCAUCCUGAAGUCCUUUGUCUCCUGAAGGAGUACAACUGUAAUCGAAUAACCUUGGAAAACAUGUGGGAGAUCUUUCGAGAGAUGGGCCUGGCCAGAUCUUCCAUUGAGUCUCUCAAAGGAUUCCUUCUUCUGGACGGCCCCAUUGACGAGGUAGUGGCAUUCCUCAGUGGAAAGGGUUUGACUUCCAGGAGAAAAAAUAUGCCUAACGUGAAGCAGGUGUUGACAGAGCUGAACGAGAUUGUGGUCACCUCUGAGGUGUUUGGCGUUAAGUUUGAGAUAAGCCUGUGUCCGCUGAUGGUUGUGGAUGCAUCCCUCUACUGCAAGUUUAUGUGCCAAUUUCUGCUGAAUGUGCGGAAGAAACGCAUGCAAACACAGGAACUCUUAGCUCAGGGAGGAUCUUACGAAAAGCUUAUACUGAAUCAUAGGAGCAAAUUAGUUGAAAAAACUAAUAAAGAUGUUCCAUAUGCAGUGGGCAUUAGCUUGUUCCUUGAAAAGUUUGCAAGCUGCAUUGGUGAUAUUACGCAGCUAACAGCAGCUGGUCGGAGAGAUGUGUCACAGCUAGUUGCAGAGCUGGGAAGUGGGACUGCAGCUGUGACUGUCAUGGUUUGUGCCAUUGGACCGAAAUUCCUGAAGGAGCGUGUCAGUAUUAUGCAAGGGCUGCGGAAAAGGAAGAUAACGGCAGACCACUGCCACUGUUUAAUGCAAGAAGAAGCAGAUAAUGUGAUAGAGGAAUUCCGGAUGUCGAACUUUGUCCUGUUGACUGGCCAUGAGACGCCCUCUGUGAGAGUCAUCCUGGAGUCAGCCGGGCGGAUGCAAGACCGUAAAGUCGAGUUGCAUAAAGUUGUGGAUUAUAUUUACAAGAAUCUCAGCUCAAGUGAACCUGUUUCCGUUUCUUCACGGACAGAUCCCAAACCUGCAGGUAUAAAUAAUUAUGAUGAAGACCAGCUGAAAAUCUCCUACUUCACUAGAAGACACUCAAAGAAUAAAGAUGCCAGCAAAAAAGAUGAACAAAUUACAAGAGAAGUUCGUGCAGCUUCGGCCCGGUGGCCAGACAUCGCUCCAAAAACCCAGAUUGAAGUUUGGGCCGUGGAGUUGGAGAGAAAACCCUUGCAUGCCUUGGGCUCGCUUGACAUUGAGUCGGUCAAGUACUUCAAUGAAGCUGUCAGCGAUAUUAAAAACAUGUUCCCAGAGCACAAGGACCACCUGGAAGAGAUCUGCAAGCAACUGCAGCCGAGAAUAUUCCAGAAGAAGAAGGCAGACCGAAGCUGCCUCGUUCUUUAUAGUUUAAGCUGCGCUGCUCUGAAGAGGAUAUUAUGAUGUCAAUACUUUAUUUUCUAUUUAUUUAUUUUUUUCUGUUUUUUAAAUUCUUUUGCUACUGCUAUUCUUGAGAGGAUAUUACGAUGGCGAACCAAUUUUUUGUUUGUUUGUUUAGCCAGUGCUGCUCUCUAAACAAGACUGUGAAAAAAAAUCUUUGUGAUCAUCAUAAUAGCUAUGAAUAGAUAUAUAUAUAUAUAUUCUUGAUACAAAGUUUUCAUUUGUGCAUUUCUUCUUUUUGUAUGUAAUUUUUUUAUGCUUUGUUGAUUAGUCAUGGUGUUAUCAAUUAUUGUUGAUAUUCUUUGUAUUUAAUAUCUGUUUCAUAUUUAUUUCAUAUCUAUCUAUAUAACUAUAUGAAUUAUUAUUUACUUGAUUAUCUUUUUCAUUGACUGAUUCGUUGCUCGUGAUUUGAAUUGGUGCUUUUUCAAUUUGUUCUUCGAUAAAUUUCAUAUUUCUCUUUUAUAUGAUUUGAUAUAAAAGUGUUCACUAUUAUCUCUUAUCAUACUGAGUAAAAGAAAGCCAUGUGAUAAUAAUUUUUAGUUAAAUGCCUUUGAAUGCCAUGUUUGUUGCAUAUUUUAAACCAUUCAGCAUGAUGAUUGUUGCGCAGGUUCUAUUUUAUAAUCUGAUUAUCACACAGGUUCUAUCAUAUGAUCUGUUUAUCGCACAGGUUCUAUUACAUCAUCUGUUUAUCGCACAGGUUCUAUUACAUCAUCUGUUAUUCCCUGUAAUGAGUCAGAGCACAGCCUCUCAUGCACAGGCUAAAUUGCUGUGAUUCAAGCAGUGUCUUAGUUAAAAGCGGAAGGAAAAUCGUCAAGGGCCAAAUUCCUGGGUAUUUUUGUAUUCAAUGCUUGAUGUGAGGAAGGUCGUGUCGGGCUCUGGAUUUCGCGGUGUUAUUUUCCGCCAUAACGAGGGUAUUGAUUCACUCACCCGGAAUGCUCAAAUAUCUUUCAGUGAUAUGAAAUGUAGCAAAGCAGAAAGCAUAAUAAUGGAGUGUGAUAAUUUUCACCAUUAUUUCACAUGAAAGUCAUGACAU